CUCUCUCUCUCUCUUUGAAGCUUUUUUUUUUUUUUUCUUUUUUCUUUUUCUUUUUGGUUUCUCCAACCCUUCUUUCAAGUUUCAAUUUAGUGGGUUUCAAGAAACUCUUUGUUUUGCUGCUUCUUUCGUACUCAUCGGAGAUCUUGUUUCCAGAGGAUUUUCCGGGGCUUUCUCUCUCUUUCUCACUACCUGUUUGUUAAUUCUUCCAAUUUACUCCAUUCUGAAUGUCAUCUACACUUCACAACACUCAUUUCUCUUCUUCCAUUCCUUGUUUUUUUUGUUUGAUGUUGUAUCCUCUGCAAUCCAUCUGAUUCUAGUGAGGGUUGUGAAAAAAAGAAAAAAACAGAGGAAUUCAAUCAAAAUUUCGUCUAAAAAAUGGAGAAUUUCAUCGGAAAAAGAAAACCCACCAUCGGUAUUUCACUCUUCACUGCUUUGUCUGGUUCAUUCUCUUCUGAUAAAACGAAAUCCCCUCGUGAUUUUGAAAAGGGUGUUGUUGGAUUGGGUAUAGUAGCUGCCAUGACUGAUUCUGACAAAAUUCAUGAAGCUUUUGUAUCUUCGAAGGCGGUUUCUCCCAGGUCUUGCUCGAUUCCUAUUGUUUCUUCUGCUAAACCAGCGGCUAAUUUCAGAGGUGGGUUUAACCUAGAAAAGGAAACUCUACCUGAGGUCGUUGAUGAACUUUCUGAAAGUUACACUUGCGUAACUUCACAUUUUGGUAAUCGAUUGUUUGAAAAGCGUGUUUACUUUAAUGGUGAGCUCGAUUUGGUCAAUGGACGUUCUUCCAAUAUAGUGAGAUCUGGGGUUUUUUCCACUUCCCCCAUGAGUUUUGGUGUAGCGGAGAGAGGGUUUUGUGCUGCUGAGUUUUUGAGCUCUUGCUAUCUCUGCAGCAAGCAUCUUCAUGGGCUUGACAUCUUCAUGUACAGAGGUGAAAAGGCAUUUUGCAGCGUUGAGUGUCGCGACAAACACAUCAGAGGCGACGAUUGCAGGGACAAGUGUGGAUCGAAAGCCAUGAAAGACUACUCGGCAUCGCCUUGCUCUGUGGCUGGCCCCCCUGCCUUGGCUUCAGGUGUGGUUGCAGCUUAGUAGGUAAUCACAUGAAAAAUAAAAAUAUAAGUAUAGCUGAUUGAUAUAAGUAAAGUGUAUCAAAUAAACUGGUGGUAGCAAAGACUUUGUAGGAAUGAAUAUCUGUGGGAAAGAAGUAUUAAUUACAAAUAAGAUGGUUUGUAUGAUAAUUGUUUCAUUAGUGAUAUUAAAAUGUAUGAAUUAUGGGUAAUAUCAAAUAUGAUAUGAUAUAAUAGCUUAGGCA